AUGCUGGGACAAGGAGCGCUGCUGAAACUAUUGGCGGCGUUUUCCGUCGCGACUGCCGUAAGCGGUGCUGCGGUUGAUGUAAACGGUGCCCUGGACGUGCACGACGUGCCUGUUGACUUGGCCAAGCGCAAGUCCACCUUCAAGGACUCCAAGACCUUGAUCCCGGACCCCGGUAUUUAUCCUGGUCCGGAUGGUAAGCAUACGUACAAGAAGGGUUGGCCUGAACUCCCUAAGGUUGAUGGCGCCAAAAUUGAUAACGAGACCUUCACGGUCGGCAAGGAGGGUGCUACGAUCACCACCUAUGUGACCGAGAACUAUGAUCCCCAGAAGAUCAAGCGUGCGGUAAUCCAAAUCCACGGCGAGUACCGUGAUGCCUGGAACCAGUUCACGUACGCGAGUCUCUCCGCUAAGAACGCUACCAAGUUCAGCAAGGAGGUGUCCUUGGACGAGAUCGUGGUUGCUGCACCGAUGUUCUUCUCCAUUGAAGACAUUGGUGCCUACCCUGUGGACUCGAACAACAUCAGUAACACCAAGACGCUGGUUUGGGACAGGAACGGCUGGGGUGACACGGAUGACGCGUACUACCCUGUGUUUGACGCUAAGGGCAAUCUUGCGAACCCCAAGUACACGCCUGUUUCGCAGACCACGUCCAAGGGCAGCAGCAAAAGCUCCAAGAGCAAGAGCAAGAGCAAGAGCAAGAGCAAGAGCUCCAAGAGUUCGUCGUCUGGCUCGAACAGUAAGCGUAACGUGAUUGGUGUUUCCAACAAGCAGGCUCAGGAGAAGGGACCCCAUCUUGCCAGUCUGGAUGCCCUGGAUGCCUACGUGAACUUCUUUACGGAUAAGAACCGUUUCCCCAACAUGAAGACGGUCGUUAUUGCUGGCUUCAGUAUGGGUGGCCAGACGGUGAACCGCUAUGUGACGUUCCGUCCUGACAACGAGCAGGACGGUAUGGUCAACUUCUGGAUCUCAAGCCCUGCUUCGUUCCUGUACCUGAACGAUUCGCGCCCUGCGCCGUCGUCCAACUGCUCCGACUUUAACAAGUACAAGUACGGUCUGGAUGGUGUGAUGCCUGGCUACGUCAACCGUACGGCCAAGUCCAACACACCCGAGGCUAUUCGCAACCGCUACCUGUCGCGCAAGGUGUACUACUUUGUGGGUACCGAGGACACGAACACUGGUGACCCCUCGUGCUCGGCCAAGACCCAGGGUGAAAACCACAUCGACCGUAUGGACAACUGGGUUAACAAGGUGAUGCCGUACAUGCCCAACAACCCGACGCCGGGUAAGGUGCCGAACACCAUCGGUUAUGGCCAAAUUGACGGUGUACCCCACUUGGCGUCAGCCGUGAUUCUGUCGUCGGCCGGUAUGCAGACGCUGUUCCUGGACGACUACAAUGGUCGCAACACCACCGUCUCAGGCGCCCCUAGCGUCAUCAAGGAUGGUGGUGACAUUGGUCGCAACCCUGUCAUCGAACCUGAUGCUGAUGUGCCGAAGUCGAUGGGCUCGGCAGCUGGCCUGUACACUCCUGGCUUUGCUCUCAUUUCUGGUGUCGCUCUUUUGGUUGCUGCUGGCAACCUGUGGUGA